UUAGUGUGUGAAUUGUGUGAAUAAAAGUCGAUAUUUUAAUUCAGCUAAAAAGUGAUAUGAAAAAUAUUUUUUAACGCUCUUCUCCAGUUAUUUUCGGCGUCCUAAGGUGUUGCUGGAGUACUGGCUGGUUAUUUUGAGUGAAAAUAUAUGCUUAAAGAAUGGAAUUAGAUACAAUAAUAAAUAAUAAUAAAUAUUUCAAUAAUGAUGAAUGAUAAAAAAAUUGAAGAUAAAAAAAAAUAUGUUUUUUUUACGGAUCCAGAUGUAGUUGCAAAACGUGCAGAAGCAGCUUCAGCAUCUACAUUAAAUAAUCGUUUUUUUUCCUCAAAUGAUAACAAACCAUUGACUAAAACUCAUGAAUGUCAGCUUCAACCACAUCCAUUUACAUUUAUAACAGCUGUAAAACGUAAACUUGCAAUUGCAGCUGAACAUGAACUCAACAAGCAACAACAACAACAUCAACAACAGCAGCAGCAACAACAACAUAUACCAGAUAAUAUUUCAACAUUAAAUAUUGAUAAAAUGGAUUUUAUAAAGCCACUUAAAGUUCCUGAUAUGAAAAUAUCACCAAAAAAUAUGGAUUAUUCACCAAGAUUAUCACAAAAAUCACAAAAAAUAUCAUUAGCACAUCGUAAACUUGAUUUUUCACAAUCAGAAGGUUCAUCAUUUAUAACAAGUGAUGAAAUUGAACAAUUAAAAACACCAGAUGUAUCAUUUACAUCAAGUAUUAAUAAAAAAAAAGAUCAUACAAGAGAUAAUAAUACAAAAGAAAAAGAAAAUCGUACAAAAAAAUUAAAAAAUGAUGAUACAAGUGAUAAUUUUAAAAGACGUUUAAUAAAACAUACAUCUAGAAAAGAUUAUGAUGAUAUACAAAAUAAAAUUAAAAAAAAUUUAUCUAAAGAUAAUGAUUUUAAUGAUUAUUUUGGUAAAAAAACAAAACAAAAAAUACUUGCAACAACAACAGCAUCAUCAUCAUCUUCAUCUUCACCAUCAUCAUCACCACCACCACCUUCAACAACAUCAGUAGCAGCAGCUACACUAGCAACAACAACAUCAACAACAGCAACAGCAAUGACAACUACAGCAGCAGCAACAACAACAACAUCAACAUCGACAACAACAACAAGUAAAAAAGAUGAUGAUAGAAAAUUAAAAUCAACAAGUUUACAUUCAAUAAAAUCACGUGAUAGAUCAUUAGAAUCAAGAAGUCGUUCAUACAGUUCUGAAUCAAUAUCAGAUAGAAAUUUUAAAACACGUAAUAAUGAACAAAUAAAUCAUAAAUAUAAUGAUGAUUUUACAAAACAACGUAUAUCAUCAAAAAAACAAUUUGAUACAAAAAAAAAUGAUAAAUCAAAUUUUAAAAAUUCAAAAAAUAAUGAUGAUUUAAAUGAUAGUUUAGAUUGUCGUAUUAAAGAUAUUGAUAAAUCACAACAAACUGGAUCAACAAAUUCAAUUGAUGAUAUAUUUAUGGAUCCAAGAAGAAUAUCAUUUAGAGAUGAUAGUUAUUCAACACAAGAUGAAUUUUAUAAUUUAACAACACCAGAUAUGAAUUUAUUAUAUCGUCCAAGAAAACGUAAAGAUACUAGAAUAAUACAAGAACAAUUACAAGAUGAUUUACAAAUUGGUACAAAUAAAAAAAAUAUAGAUGAUGAUAAAAAUAUAAAUUUACGUCAUCCAACAGCAUUGCAUAUGCAAUUUCAAGCUGAAUUACAUUUAUUUGAUAGUUAUAAUCAAUCAUUACAACAAGUUAUGGAUGUAGAAAAUUGUUUAUACAAUGUACAACAAGAAAAAUCACGUGAACUAACAGAUGAUAAAACAAAUGAAUUUAUAAAUCAAACAAAUGAAUUAAUUGAACCUAAAAAAAUAGCUAAAGAAGUACAAACACAAACAGCAAAUGACAUUGCAACACAAACAGAUAUAUGUAUUAAAAAAAAACAACAUCCAUCAAUAACAUAUUCACGUGGUGAUUUAAAUCAAUUAUCACUUGGUUCAAUUGAUGAAUAUGAUGAUUUUGAAAAUAUUGAUAAAUUAAAAAAAAUGAGAACAAUGUCAGAAAUAAGUUUACAUGAAACAACAUCAUCAAUUAAAACAGAAACUGGUACUGAAAUAAGUAUAUCAACACGUGAUGUAACAUGUUCAUUUAAUAAAUAUUUAGAUCUUGAAAUGGUACAAUUAAUGAAAGAUGAAGAACAAAUGUAUGAUAAAAUUGAAUUAUUAUUUAAAUCACGUGAAAAAACAUUAAAUGAUAGAACACGUAAAUUAGUUAAACUUGAAGAACAAAAAAAAGCAUUAAGAGAUACUGGACAAGAUUCAAGAAUAUCAUCUGUUAAAAAAAAACAACGUGCAUUAUUAUUAAAAUUACAACAAGAAAAAGAUGAAAUGAAUAGAUUAAAAGAAUUACAUAAACUUGCUAGUCAAGAAAGAAAAUUAAUGUUACAAAAACAAAGAAAUAUGUUUAAUCCAACAAUGUCAACUAAAAAUAUAUUAACAAAAUUAAAAAGAACUGCUGAUUGUCAAUCACCAAGAAGAUUAUCUGGUCCAAUGAAAGGUUAUGAUAUUAGAAGUAAUAGUUCAAUAAGUUCACUUGUUGAUUCUGAUAAAUCACAUAUUGAAAAAACAAAACAAUCAUUUAAUAAAAAUUUACAAGAUUCAACAAAUUCAUCACAAAUUGAUUCACCAAAAAAAUUUGAAGUUAGAAAAGGUAAAUUUGAAGAAAAAAUGCCAAAAGUUGAUUCAUUAAAAUUAAGAUGUCAUCAAUUUGAUAUUGAUGAUAAAAUUAAUCAAACAAAACAGGGUGAUAAUUUUAUUAAUAAUAAUAAUAAUAAUAGUAUUAAUAAUAAUAUUAAUAAUAAUAAUAAUGGUGAUUGUCAAGAACAAAAAUCUGAAUCUGAUACACUUGUUGAAGAUUUAACAAGAAAAAAAAUGAUUGAUGAUAAUGAUGAUAUGACAAAAAAAUCAAAAACAACACAAAUUAAAUUACAAAAUAUACCUGAAAAUAAUAAACAAAUAAAUAAAAGAAAAAAUUCAAAAAGUAUAAAAAAUAAAUCAAGUAUUAAUGUAUUAAGUGAAAAUAUAUUACGUCAAAAAACAAAUAUAUUAAAUAAUGAUGAUACAAUAAGAUCACAUAAACGUACAAAUAAUAAAAUUGAUAAAAAUGAUGAUGAAAAUUAUAAAUUAUCUAAAAAUUCAAUUUUAGAAGAAUUAGAUAUGAAUGAAAGUCAAAAUUCAAUUCAAACACUUGUUAAACAUUCCAAGGCAUUAAAAGAAAAAAAUUGUCGUUUAUUAAAAGAUAUUUCUAAUGAUGAUGAAGAUGUUAAAGAAAAUUAUUUAAAUGAUUCAAAAGAUAUUACUGGUGAAAUUGAUAAUGAUGAUGAUGAUGACGUGCAAAAUUUAGGUAAUAUAUCAACUAGAUCACAAGUUAGUACAUUGACUAUUUCGAGACAUAGUUCUGGUGAUUCAGAAAAAUCAUAUUCAAGAUCAGUUGUCAUCAGAUCACAGGAUCAUCGUUUCAAAGCUCCAAAAAAAUUUGAGCAAGAAGCUAAAGUUGUUGCUCGACAAAAUUGCGUUGAAGACUGGAUUGCUUGGCAUGCUCGACUGAAAGCUCGUGAGAAUAGAGUUGCCAGAAUGGAAGAGGCUACAUAUAAAUUGUUCAAUGCAUCUAAUCCUGCAUCUUACAAUGAUGUGACUGUUUCAUCAGAUGCAAGUGAAGUAGCUGGUAGAGUUGAGCUACUUUCUGAAGAAUUAGCUGAAAAAAAAGCAGUUUUAGUCAAGUUAUCUAAAAAACAAACAAAACAAAAACUCAAAGCAUUAGAAGCUGAUCUUUUAAAUAAAAUAAAGAAAUAUGAUACAACAAUUAAUGAAAUGCAGAAAAAAAUUGAAACAAAUCGUGUUGUAUCGAAAAAAAGUGGUAAAUUAGCAAUUGAAGCAAAAGCACUUGCUGAUGUUAAAGUACCAGAAAUACCAAUAAAACGUAUACAAGAAUUAUAUAAAAAUAAUGAUUUAUUACGUUCACGUUCAGAAUCAGAUUUACUUGUUAAUUAUACAAAUCCAAAAACACAAACAACAGAUAAAACUAAAAAACCAUCGAUUCGUAGUAUUGAAUCUAUUUUAUCUGAAAGAAAGAAUAUUUCACAAAUUAAAUCUUCAUCGAAUAUUGAUGAUGAAUCAAAAAAUACAAAAAAAUAUACAGACAAUACAAUGACAACGACAACAAAAACAAAAACAAGAUUAACUGAUGAAUUAAAAAAUAGCAAAUCAUUAACAAAUAAAAUUGAUUAUGGACAUAUAAAUAACAAUGAAAGCUUAGAUGAUCCAAUAAGUACAUUAAAAAAUGAUCUCAAAACAUUGAGUGAAAUAAUGUCAAAUUUUAGUAAAAAAUCAGAUGAAAAAUUACGUUCAGUAAUAUUAACAUCUGUACAUGAAGAAACACCAAAAAGUACAUCAAGAGAUAUAACUGAUGAUCUUUUAAAAUCAUCACAAACAACAAGUACAAUAGAGCCAGAAUCAAUACCUGAAAUUUUAACUUAUAAUAGUAAUAAUAAAAAAUCAACUGACACAACAUCAUCAUUAAUAUUACAAAAUAAUAUUGAUAAUAAUGAUACAAAUGAUGUUUUAUCUAUAAAUUUAAAUAAGGAUAAUGAUACAUCAUCAGAAAUAACAAGUGUUGAUGUAACUGAAGUUAUAUCUAGUAUAAUACCAAGUCAAGAAUGUACAAAAAUAAGUGAAGAAAUUGAUUUUACAGCUCGUAGUAAAGCAAUGCUAAGUGAAAUUGAAAAAUCAAUAAUAUUAGAUAAAUCAUUAGUUAAUAAUGGUGGUAAAAAUUUAGAAUUAAGUGGAGCAAAAUUAGAAAAAAGUAUGGAUGAUUUACAUAAAGAAAAUGAAGCAUUAUCAUCAGAUUUUAAUAUUAUUGAAGGUGAUAUACAAUCAAUAUCAGAAAUAAUAUCAAAAAUGAGUGAAAAUAAUCAAAGUUUAAGUGAUUAUAAAUGUCAUCAAUCAAAUAAACAGUCUUUAAUAGAAAAUAUUAAUUCAUUUAUCGAAGAUGAAUCAAAUAAUCAUGAAAUAAUUAGUGAAAAAGAUGUAAAUAUUAGUCAUGAUAGUCAAGAUAAUUUAUCUGUUGAUAAACAAAGUGAAACAAUGACAAGUAUUGAUAAUAAUUAUGAUAAUGAUGAAGUAGAAAUUGAAGAAGAAAUUGAAGAAGAAAUUGAAGCAUCAGAAAUUAAUGAGGCAGGUAAUGAAAGUUCACUUGAAAGUACAAAAAUAUCACAUCAUGAAAAUUCAUCAAAAAUUCAUGAAAAUAGUAAAAAUGAAAGUGAUUGGACAAUAUCUGAUUCAUUUGAAAUACAACAAGAUCAUUCAAAUAUUAUAAAUAAUUCAAAUGAACAACAAAUUGAAUUAAAUUUUGAUAAUAAUAAUAAAUUAAUUAAAAAUAUUAAUAAUUCAUUUAAUUAUCAAAAUUUUGAUAAUGAUAUUGAUGCAUCUUAUUUUGUGCCAAAUUGUGAAUCAACAAAUAUUGGUAAUACAAUGUUAAAUGAUCAAGAGACUGAUUUGAGUAUAAUGAUACAACAAAAUACAUCGCAAACAGAUGAAUUGGAUGAUAUAUUAGAAAUUAUUGAAAAUGAUUGUAAAAAAAUGGAAUUAAAAAAUAGAGAAAAAAUAAUAACUAAUAUUGAUAAUGUACCUGGUGAAUUACAGCUAGAAAUAAAAAAUAAUAUUGGUGUACCAGUUUAUUCACCAGAACUUAGCUUGACAACUGAUGUUGAACCUGCCUUGAAAAAAUUGACUGAAGUUUUACGUAGUGUUGAAAGAAAUAUUGAAAAAAGAACACAAUCAAUUGAAACAGAAAAACAAGGUGAUAUACAAGAUCCAGUUGGUAGUGAAAGUACUGAAAAUGAUAUAGAACAAAUAACAAGUAAAUCAACAGAUACUAAUAAUCAAUGUAAAAAUAAAAAAGUAUCAUUUUCAGAUAAAAUUAUAUUGGAAAUUGAUUUUAAAGAUAAAACAUUAGUUGAAACAAAUAUUGAUGAAAAAAUUGAAAUUAAUAGACAUCUUGAUGAAGCAUUAGAUCGUUUAAGUGUCAGUGAAGAUAAUGAUUGUCAUCAUGAAAAUUUAAAUGAUAGUAAUGAUACAUUUAUAACAAAUGAUUGUAAUGAAAAUGAUGUUAUUUUUAAAAAACCAAUUAAUAAAAUUCAAGAAAUUCUUCGAGAUCCUGAAUAUGAGGAUAUAUCUGAAGAGAGUAUGGAAGUUAGUGAGAUACUUGAUAGAUCAAUUAGUUCAAGUUCUCAUAAAUCAUCAAAAAUACCAGAUAAAUAUGAAAAAAUUGUUAGAACAGAUGAUGUUCUUCGUAUACUUGAUGAAAUAUCACAAAAAAAAGAUAAUAAUUUAUCUUGUAUUCCUCAGGAUUUAUCAAAAAUACCAUCAUUAUCAUAUGAAAAUAAUCAAACAACAAUUGAAAAUAUUGACGAAACAAAAAGUAUAAAUGAUUAUAUUAUAAAUGAAACUGAAAAAAUUGAUAAAAUUGAUGAUAAAAGUUUUGAAAAUUUACGUAAUAUUGAAGAUACAACUGAUGAUUCAAGUGAAGAACAAGAAACACCACGAGAAAUAUCUGAAAUAAAUAUGGAUUCACCAAGAGAUCAAAAUUCAUCACGACUUGAUAUUGAAACAUUGGAUGAUGAUUUAUUAACUCCAAUAUCACCAGAAAAUACAAAUAAUAAAUUAGAAUAUCAUACUGCUCGUCCACAAACAGAAAGUGAAAAAGAUAUUGAAAAUAUGAUUGAUAAACUUCGUGCUUCAUUAAAUACACCUGGUCUUGAUGUUGCUAUUAUUGAUGCAAGAUUAUUACGUAUUGAAGAAUUACAAAUUGAAUUACAAAUUAAAAAAUUAGAAGCUGAAGAAGUAUCAUAUUAUUUACGUGAAAUACCAAAUAAACCACCACCACCAUAUACACCACCAGGUGGACCAAAAACAUCAUCAAGAUUAAAAAAUUUACCAUCAACAGUUAUUCCAAAUAAUAUUGAUGAAUUAACAAAUUUUACUGAAAAAGCAACAAUGUUUAUUUAUCAUGAAAAAAAAUGUGGUAAUGAUAUAUUAAUGCUUGAUGCACCAGAAGAAAUAUGUGAAACAACAACAACAAAUAAUAAUACAUCAAAUACAGAUGAUAAAAUUAUUGAUAAAAAUAUAAAAGAUGAUAAAAAAAUAUAUAAUACAUUUUUAUUUGAUUUAUGUAAAGAAACUGUUGCUGAUAUUUAUCAAUCAGAAUAUGAAAAACCAGGACCAAGUUGGACAAAACCAAAUUAUAAAACAAAAACAAUUAUUAAAUUACCAAAAAAUAUUGAUGAAUUAAAUGAACAUGUUUGUAAAGAAGUUGCAACAUUAUUUGGUUUUAAAACAAAAAUGCAACGUGAAAAUAUGGUUAUGAGAUGGAGUAGAAAAAAAGGUGAUAGAGUUGAUGAAUUAUUAGCUAGAGAAGCACAAGCUGAAGAAGAUGAAUGGACUAAAUUUCAUCAUGAUGAACUUGCUGUUAAAAAUGAAUUAACAAUUGCUAUUUUUAAUACCUUAAUUAUGGAAACAACAAGUGUUGUUAAAGCAGCAUAUGCAAAAAAAAGAAAAGUUAUUGUUUAAUUAUUUUAUUUUUUUACUUUAC